CAACGGAGUAGGCCUGGCCCCUUCCGGCUGGUGGAAGUCUAGUAACUUUUCUUACAACACACAUUCGUCAUCAUGGUGCUCAUCACCGAAGAGCUGGUCCGCAAGAAAUCAGAGCACAACGAAUGUCUCAUCAGCACGCUGGAGGAGAUCUCCCUGCACCAGGAGGACAUCGAGGUCAUUGAGCACAUCCAGAACUGGUGUCGCGACCUCAAGAUCCUGCUCCUCCAAUCCAAUCUUAUUGCGCGCCUGGAGAACUUGCACAAGCUGAAGCGCUUGGAGUACCUCAAUGUGGCCAUCAACAACAUUGAGCGGGUGGAGAAUCUGGAGGGCUGUGAGUCGCUCAGUAAGCUGGAUCUUACAUUAAACUUUAUAGGAGAGCUAACCAGUGUGGAGUCGCUAUGUGGCAACCACAAUCUCCGCGAACUGGUACUCAUUGGCAAUCCUUGCGUGGAUUUUCCGCACUACAGGGACUACGUGGUGGCCACCCUGCCGCAACUGAACAGCUUGGAUUGCGUGGAGAUCACGCCCUCGGAACGUCUUCAAGCAUUGCGGCAAUUGACCAAGAACCGGUCCAUCAUCGUUCAAAAGCAGGCGGAUCACACCAUAGAGCGCGAUGAGCAGCGUAUCCGGGUGGCGGAGCAGCAGUCCGCCCUGGCUAAACGUUGUGCCGGCAUAGAGGACGAAGAAGAGCGCCUUAAGGCCUUCUGGCAGGCGAAGAGUGAGCACUGCCCGGAGAUUCGCACCGAGAUUGCCCGGCAACACCGAAUGGGCCGGGAGCGGCACGAAACCAAGUCCCCGCUGGAUGCUCCGAAGCAGCAGCGCAACCUCUUCGCUCCUUGCGGCAGACCCUACAAUCUAAACCAGGGCAAGCUGCCCUUUACCUUCCAGGACGAGGCCGAUCACUACUUGCUCCAACUGGAGGUGUACAGACACCUGGACACCUCUCUAAUUGACGUCGAUGUUCAGACCCUUUACACUAGAGUCACCGUCAAGAAAAAGAUCUUCCAGAUCGCGUACAUCGAGGAGGUCAAACCGGAUGAGUCCACGGUGCAGCGUUCCCAGAUCACAGGUCACCUAAUGGUCAGGCUGAAGAAACUGAAAGUCAACGAGCUGCUGCUAGUGAAGAAAAGCCCGGCAAAAAGUUCCGCCCCUUCUGAUGCUGGAAAAAGUGAUGGGAAACCGGAGGAAGCAUUUCGGGGAGUGGUGGACAUCAGUAACAUUUGUGCUCCCGAAGAUCUGCCCGAUUUAAUUUGAGACCGAGUUCAUUAUUUAAAAAUGGUUUAUUUAAAUAUUUGUCUGAUUUGGUUUGUUUUCUCCAA